AUGGUGAUGAAAGAAGGAAGGAAGACCGAGUCACGUGAUUACGAGUUUGAAAUCGACGAAGAAGGUGAUUUAGAGUUUAAUCCACGAAGGGGAUUCAAAAGCGUCACACAACUCCCCUUAGCUCAACCUGAUUUCGUUUACUAUUUCUGUGAAAACGCGGCUAACUAUACUGUAAACAGUAAGUACCAAAGUAAUCUCAACAACGCCCUCCCCGCCCUCCCCACCACCAACAGGGGCCUUGGUUUCUACAAGCUCUCCCUCGGGAACGGAAAUGAUACAGUGAACACUGUCGCGCUUUGUCGAGGAGACGUCAACUCAGAUGUGUGUGACAGUUGUGUUAAUGACUCCAUUGUUAAAUUACCACAACUCUGCCCAAACCAAAAGGCAGCAAUAGGAUACUACGACUACUGUUUCCUGACAUACUCCAACGAGAUUAUAUUGAAUAACCCACGAAUAUCGUUUGUGUAUCUAAGCAAUCACCAAAAUGCAACUGAUAGCGAAAGAUUCAAUAGUGCUUUGGCACCACUAUUAAGGCAGCUGAGAGGUUAUGCCGCCGCUGCGGCUCCCCUUGCGAAGUUUGCCUCUGGGAACGUUACUGGUCCAGGUUUCACGACGAUCUAUGUGAUUAUGCAGUGUAUUCCAGACCUAUCGGAGCAACAGUGCAUGGAUUGCUUGGAGGAUAUAAUCAAUCGAAUGGCACAAUAUUAUAAUGGGAAAGUUGGAGGAAGAGUUCUUCUACCUAUGUGUAACUUUAGGUAUGAGACAUAUAAGUUUUUCAACGGGAGUACUGCCCAGGUCGUCUCACCGCCAUCAUCACCACCAAUUUUACAGUCGUCUCCGUCAGUCCCACAACAAACGCCCCCACCAGAUCAAAGUGUAUUACCAGAUGAUUUGUUAUCCGAUAAAGAUUUGCUGAUUGUGGAGAUUACCGUUUUCACUGAUCAGUCAUUCAAGUUGGGCAUAAAGUUGAUUACGGAAAACAGGAUUUCAGAUUUUCGUGGGUAUUCACAAAUUUGA